AUGCGCCUCAUCAAGAGCGACAACUCGCCGGGUGUCCAUCUUCUGCUCGAGAAACACUCCCAGACAUAUAUCAAACAACGCACAUGCUGUAUCAGCAUCCACGAACGGACAGCUAAGGUCAACAAUAAUGAGCUUUCCGGGAGAGGAAAUCCAGUUAUUUUCCCUGUCAUGAUGCCUCACAGACAUCGAGAAAAGUGGCGUCGUGCGGAUCUCUUCAAGCUCGAAAGGGUUAUGGCCGACAGUCUCUGGCAAUUUCAGAAGGGCCAGGUGGUCGUCAAAAGAAGAAUCAGAUCCAACAUCAUAUUCCUCACAAUCGAAAGUGAGGUCUGGUGGUACCGUUGA